GCUGCCGCACGGCCUACAGAUAAAUAAUACUUAACGCACCGCGCGAUCGAAACGUGCCGUGUGUUGAUACUCUAUUUUAUAUCUUUUGGGUUUUUUUUUCUCUCAUAUCGUACAAACAAAUGUAUUAUCAGUGACUAUCAUAAGUGGUGUGAAUGUUAUAUUGAAUAUUGGACAAAUAAUAAUAAUAAUAAUAUUACUUUACGCGGCACAGCGCAAUCGAAUUAUAUCGUGUGUGUACACCCAAAUUGUCGACGUGACUAUUAUUUUCUCCCUCAAUUCAUAAAAUCGAUACGAAGUGGACAUUUCUGUGUUGUCGGAAUAAAUAUUGUCAUGCGACUUAUUUCGUGUGUGAAGUGCGACUGUAAUAACCAAGUAUUUAACUGUUUAUUUUUGUUUAUUAGUAUAUGUUUUAACGUGACCACGUCGCCUUUGUCAUAUACACCGGAGUACAAACGUCUAUGUGUAUUGUUAGUUACUUGCCAUUGUGAUAUCUAAGUGCUGUGUGCCCACCGUGCAAUAGUGCCAUUGUGAUCGGAUUGUUCACAGUUCGAACCGAAGGACUUAUCAGGUCAUUGCCGGAGCAGCGAGCAGUUUGGACUACACUAAGUGUAAAGUGAAGAGGUGUGCGUGACGUGACGGCAUCGCCGUAGUGUGAGUGCCAGUGCGGUACGUGGUGUCUGUGUGCGUGUCUGUGUCUGUGUGCGGUGACUGUGCGUGUGUGCGUGCGCGCGUCCGUGGUGGCGCCUGCGCAGGUCACCUCGCAGAUGCAGGUGCGCCGAUGGAUCGGUGAUCGCGGCCUGACUACAUCGCCUGUGCAGCGCUGGUAAAAUGAGCGCAGCGCGGCCGAGAGCGAUUUUCCAACGCCAACCCUAAUGACAUUGACAUUGUGACGCGCUGCGGAGCGGUGGUUAAAGCGGCUCUGCCGCUUUAAAUGGACAAACGCAAGAUGCUGCCAAAGAGAGCGCGUAUGGAUAGUAUGCGGGGUCCAAUCGCCAAUGGACCCCUGCAGUCAAGGCCCCUGGUGGCGUUACUGGACGGGCGGGACUGCACCGUGGAGAUGCCGAUACUGAAGGACGUGGCGACGGUCGCGUUCUGCGACGCGCAGUCCACGUCCGAGAUACACGAGAAGGUGCUCAACGAGGCGGUGGGCGCGCUCAUGUGGCACACCAUCAUCCUCACCAAGGAGGACCUGGAGAAGUUCAAGGCGCUGCGGAUCAUCGUGCGCAUCGGCUCCGGCGUCGACAACAUCGACGUCAAGGCUGCCGGCGAAUUAGGCAUAGCUGUAUGUAAUGUGCCGGGCUACGGCGUGGAGGAAGUAGCGGACACGACAAUGUGUCUCAUAUUGAAUUUAUAUCGACGGACAUACUGGCUCGCCAACAUGGUGAGAGAAGGAAAAAAAUUCACAGGUCCGGAGCAGGUCCGCGAGGCGGCGACGGGCUGCGCGCGGAUCCGCGGCGACACGCUCGGCAUCGUGGGGCUCGGCCGCAUCGGCUCGGCGGUGGCGCUGCGGGCCAAGGCGUUCGGCUUCAACGUCAUCUUCUACGACCCCUACCUUCCCGACGGCAUCGAGAAGUCCCUGGGCCUCACCAGGGUCUACACGUUGCAGGACCUCCUAUUCCAGAGUGACUGUGUGUCAUUGCACUGCAGCCUAAAUGAACACAAUCAUCACCUUAUCAACGAGUUCACUAUCAAACAGAUGCGCCCAGGCGCGUUCCUGGUAAACACGGCGCGCGGCGGGCUGGUGGACGACGAGGGGCUCGCGGCGGCGCUCAAGCAGGGCCGCAUCCGCGCCGCCGCGCUCGACGUGCACGAGAACGAGCCCUUCAACGUCUUCCAGCAGGGCCCCCUGAAGGAGGCGCCGAACGUGCUGUGCACGCCGCACGCCGCCUUCUACUCCGACGCGUCGGCGCAGGAGCUGCGCGAGAUGGCCGCGUCGGAGAUCCGGCGCGCCAUCGUCGGCCGCAUCCCCGACUGCCUGCGCAACUGCGUCAACAAGGACUACUUCCUGCCCGGCGUGCCGCCCGUGCUGGCGCCGCCCGCGCCGCCCAUCCCCGCGCCGCAGCCGCCGCCCAGCACCUACAGCGAAGGCAUGAACGGCGGGUACUACGGCGGCGGCGGCGCGCAGGCCGCGCACUCCACGACGGCGGUGCACGAGGCGCCGGCGCUGCCGCCGCAGCCCGCGCCGCAGCCGCCGCCCCAGCAGCCGCCCAUCACCCUCCCAAUCAACACUUCGGACCCGGCCAACCACCAGAUGAAGCAGGAGAGCUCCGACGUCCACUAGGCGCCACGCUACGUUGCAGUACCGUACGCGCCGAGCAACACAAACAAACAAACAUACAAACAAUAGUUUUAUUGAUUCCAUCGCAACUAUGUCAUAAGUACCUACGUCGUAAGCCAACGAGUGAUAUCAAGUGGACGGACGUUUGCAUACGCAUGCCUGUUAGUUUAGUUCCCGAAACUGAUCAGUGGGCAGUCUUCGUCGGGAGCUGACAAGACGGAACUGGGUGACAUGCGGUGGCGUGCAAUUCAUACAUGCAAAAGUGCACUGUCUACCCUAAGGAUUCAAUACAAACCUAUGUUGGACCACAGAAUACUUGCUCGGACAAGGAAUUUUUGCAAUUUUUAAUUAUAGUGCAUACCCUAGUUAAAAACCUUGUGCACGCCACUGGUGACAUGCAGACGUUGGUAUGUUCUCGCGAUCCUGUGGAGACAGACUGCUGAGACAAGGGAGACAUAUUCACAGAGAGAUUGCACUUGUCAGCGGUUUGUCUCGUAGAGUGUGACAGACCUCGUACCCCUAAAGCUAUAUUUAAUUACGCCUAUAUAAGUGUAAAAGACAGUUUAAAAAAAGUAUAGAAAAGUGACAGAUGGGGGAGCGUACAAAAUAAUAAAUGUAGCUUUAUAGUGCAUGUAUUGAAUGUGAAAAGACUGUGUUUGGGGGUGUUUUUGAAUAUUUCGCAAAAUAUAUCGUCCAACGGACUCCGCUUUCGGACUUUUAAGAAUAUAUUUUGAUGUGUAAGUGAUGCGUGUUGGUGCAAACGUCGUUUAUGAGCGAAUAGUUGAUUCUGUAUUUGUAUUUGGUAAGUUGGGACAGCUAUAUAUUAUAUACUGUUAUGUAAUUGCGUGCAAAUGUCGCGGGCCGAUGUAUGUGUGUGACGGGGCGAUGUGUCGAACAUACAACGUAUGAUGGAAUUGAAAUAAUAUUAUUGUGUUAAAUCUACUUAAACUGUAAGAAUUAUAUAUAUAUAUAUUUUAUUUUUUUUCAUUUUUUAUUUGUUUGUUUAAGUGUACGGAAAAAUAUGUAGUAAGUGGAAUUUGUUAUUAAAUCUAUCCAAGGAAAUGGAUCUCCGUAAUUAUGGUUUUUCACAUGUUGUGGUAGAAACACAUUCUAUGCAACACAGGCCUAGACACACACACAUUAACUGACACACAAUAGGGUAGUUGACACAUAUAAAAUUUUGUAUAAACAAAACACUAUUAAUUUCGUUAUAGUACAUGGAAUAAGGGUCCGAAAUAUAUCGAUAUUAAUAAAAGUUAAGGAUUUCUUAUAAAUAUUAAAUUUAAAAAACGUGUUUUUUUUUUUAUUUUACAAACGUCAAAAACGCUGAUUUCCAUUUUGUGACCUCACAAUUACUUGAUGUACUAAUGUUAACAAAUAUUUUUGUCAAACACUCUGUUUGGAAAUAUAAACCAUCAUGGUGGACAGCAAUUUGGCUUAUAUUGUCAAAAAAUUAUUAGAAAUUGAAAUUUUUAUGUAAUCACGUCUCAAAAACUAUAAAAUUAUAUUUUUUUAAGAAAAAUCAUAAUGAGCAAUUUAAGAACAUUUAAAAAAAGUGUCAACUAGCCUAUUGAGUAUUGAGCAAUUUUGGAAUUACAUGGGUGUUGUCUAGAAAUAUAGGUACUAUACUGUCCAAUACAAUAGCCAAUGAAACAAAUUGCUGUAGAAUGUAAGAGCUGUGAUUUAUUAAAAAUAUAAUUAGUUAGAUUUGUCAUAUAUAAUGUGAUUCUGUGAAUGUGUUUCUACCACUCUCUGCUGUGAAUAUUUUGUAUAACAUUUGAUGCAAGACUUUAUAUUGAUUUACUAGUUAUUUCCAUAAUAUUCAGAAAUGUUUUAUUAAUUUUGGUUUUGUGAAAUAAAUAAAAUUUUUGUGAAUGGAAAGUUUUGCAAUAAAAGUGAUUACAAUGAGAUGUACAUAUUAUUUUGGUAUAGAUUGUAAUGUGACAAUUGAAGAUUUACGCGACACAAAUCAAUGGUUCGCCUAGUAUGAGGCGUGGUCGGUACCCGCCUCUUUCUAUGUCGUGUGUUUUUUUUACAUUAUGGUAGAGUUAUGGCGUAUGGUAGAAACAUGGGUAACACCCCACACACAAAAUAUUCAAAUUUGUGUAUUAAUAAUUAACUCUUUGUGAUAGGUGCCCCUGGGUGUUUAAAAAAACAACAUCAAAUUAAUUAAAAUUGUGCUGUGUCUUCAAGUAUUGUGAUUUUUUUAAACAUCCAUAAUACAUACUUUGUUUGAUUUUAGAGAGGGUGCACUAGUUUGAGUUCUGGCUUUUGCAUGAUAAAUAAAUCCUAUUCUAUGGGCAAACAUCCGGCGCCUACGCGAAUGGACCAAGGGCCCAUCAGCUGAUAAAAGUGGGGUGAUCGAAAUACAGCGCUACACCGCAAAUCGACAGCCUUCAAAGAAUUGGUCAGAUAGGCAAUGAACUACUUACGGUCAAGGUCGAGAGCUGACCUAGGCUGGUUGGCCCUAGCUGACGGGCGAUGUGUAAUAUGUGGAGGUCUAUAAUGGUGGUGUUUCAAUAUGUAAGAUAGUUUUGGGAAACAAUGGACUAAUAAAUGUGUUUUAAGAGUCGUUGAUUUGUAUGGCGUCGAGUGGGGGGUGUUUAAUGUGUUUCUACCACUAAGUUCACAUAUAGACUGACCAUAGAAAUGUUAAUAAAAAGGCAACAGAAAAGGCAAGCACCUAUUCAUUUGUAUUAACAAAUUUUCGCCAAUGGAUGCCUUGGCUAUGGCAUUUUAAAUGGCACACUCCAUAUUAUGUUAUUGAGUGUAAGCGAUACAAUCUGUUACGGGUAUGUUCUUGAAUUUUUAGAGGACUAUGUGUCACUUCUAUUGCCAUUUUAUUAUGAUUUCUAUGGGACAGACCAUAAAGGGGACUGACAAGUAUGAUGAAAAGUUACAAUGUGCAAGUUGGAUCCAUCGCCCCUCUGGUGUGUUCAGCAUUUGUUCGCAUUUGACCCCGCUCGCCCGAGAGAGUGCACAUUAUGCAUACAAACUGUUAUUUUUUAAGUAUUGACAAAGGACUGUAGACCUAUCAUCACACUUUAAUUAUUUCGAAAGAAACGAGAGGACAUGUGUUUUUCUCUUUAUUUUUUUUUUUUGGUUAUUUUGAAAUGUACAAAAAUCAUGCUUUCAAUUAUUAUUAUUUUCUUUUUUUUUGAUUCUAAAUAGAAUUAAGUUACGGAUUUUGUACAUGAGAAGGAGACAGCACGUUUAAUUUAGACGGAUCGCAAUAGCCACCCACAUAAUCCGACAAUCGUGAUUGGUAUUUAAAAUUAGUAUUUACUUACAGUUUAGUUUAAUGACAAAAACAAUGUGUAUAUUUUAUGAGAAAGUGAAAAAGUUCUUAAAUAAAACUAUUGUUUUCGGAUUAAUGA